AUGAAUCAUGUCGGCUUUAUCGCCGGCCUCGCCACCGGCCUCUGGGUCGGCUAUUUCAUGACGUACUGGACCUCAGCCAGCGGUCACUACUACGGCUGGCGCCUGUCCAUCUGCCUCGAACUCGUGCCCGCCCUGACGUUCGCUGCCGGGCUGCCCUGGAUCCCCGAAACGUAA